AUGUUCGCUAAAAUCGCUGUCCUCGCCCUUGUCGCCGCCUGCUUCAUGGUCAACACUGAAGCUUACUACGUUGCCUCACCAGCUUACGCUGCUGCUUAUCCAUCUGCCUACGCUGCCGCUUACUCUCCAUACUACUAUGGAGCUUACACUGGAUACGCUGCCGCUGCCUACCCAUCAUACUGGGGAUGGGGAAGUAACAAAAAUGGAGCCGACAACAAAGAAGCCCCCAAGCCAGCUUUCGGAGCCUCACUCACCAACAAUCAGUAA